AUGACCAUACCUACAUCUGCUCUUGCACAGAAGUGCUUCUGUUCAGUCUGCAUCUCGGUACAAUGGCCACAAGGUGUUGUUGCCUUCUGGGCACAAGUACAUCCAAGGAAACGCUUCAGGAGAUCACGCCCUCAUCAGGUCAUUUACCCCUCACCAAACCCUGCGAUUAUACCCAGACCUGCUUUGUCGCUUUCUCGUCGCCUGAAUGAAGUUGUUAUUCAUACCCGUGGCACACCCCCCAUCAACACCAUUCCCGAAUCUCUAGUGGCAUCCCGGCAAAAUGGUCUUGCUGCUCGUGUCGCCAACUCUGCUGCCUCCACAAGAAGCAACCAAGUCCCUUUUACACUCGGUCAAGCCCAUGCCUUGACCCCUGCCGAACGCAGCCUCGAACGCGUUCGUGCUGGUUUAGCUCGUUAUCGCACAUCUACUAUUCUCACUCUCUCUGGACAGAUCUCUAGAUCUGAUUGA